UUAUUUUUGGAAUAACAAGAAAAAAGGGAGCUGUUACAAUUCUGAGCAUGCCAUCACAAACCUAAUUACAUACAUGAAGAUAGAUCAUAACAACCUUUGUUCUAUCCAUAAAAUAUAGCUCAUCACAAGCUAGUUUCAGCAACAUGGUUGAAAACUUUCUGAGCUAAUGGAAACACAUAAUAAUGUUGAAAGAGCCAGUGAACUCUUCAAAGCACAGACUCAUAUUUACAAACAUGCAUUUGCUUAUGCAAAUUCCAUGGCCCUGAAUUGUGCCAUUCAGUUAGGCAUACCAGAUAUUAUUCAUAACCACAAAAAAUCAAUCACUCUUCCUGAUCUACUUUCAGCACUCAAACUUCCCUCAUCAAAAUUAAAUGGCAUUCAUCGACUAAUGCGUCUGUUGGUGCACUCUCAAUUCUUUGAUAUAACAAAGCUCGAAGAAAACUCAGAAACAGAAGGAUAUGUUUUGACAACUUCUUCAAGGCUGCUUCUUAAGAGUGAAAUCCCAAAUUUGUCACCUUGUGUUCGAGUAAUGGUUGAUCCUGUCCUUGUCACUCCUUGGCAAUUAUUGGGAGAAUGGUUUCACAAGAAUGAAGAAGCGACGCCAUUUGAGACAGCACAUGGGGUGCCUAUGUGGGACUUUUGUGCACAAAAUCCAAUAUUUGACAGAGUUUUUAAUGAAGGAAUGGCUAGUGAUUCCCAAAUGACGAGAUUAGUUGUUAAGGACUGCAGGGAAGUUUUUGAGGGACUGAACUCAUUGGUUGAUGUUGGCGGUGGCACUGGCAUUGUAGCUAAGACCAUCUUGGAGGCAGUAACUCACUUGAAAUGCACUGUCCUUGAUCUUCCACAUGUUGUUGCCAAUAUGCCACAGAGUGAGAAUUUAAUCUAUGUAGGAGGGAAUAUGUUUCAGUCUAUUCCCCAUGCUGAUGCAAUUUUACUUAAGGUAUGCACAAAAGUUUCAUCCUUAACAUGUUCUAGUUUUAUUUUGCUUGAUAUUGGAGGGGGGCUGGAAUUACAGAAAAGAAAUUUGGCAGCAUUUCCUCACCUAAAAUGCACCAUGUUAGACCUUCUUCAUGUUAUUGCUAAAAUGCCACAGACAGAAAAUUUGAAAUAUGUGGGAGGUGUCAUCUUUCAGUUACUAUACGGUUUCUGUAUUAAAGGCUAUAGGCCAUCGGUAUCAUGAGCUUGCUAUUGGGGUUGAGUUAGGCUCAAGUAUCAUAUGUUUACUUUUUUUCUUGCUAGAAGAGAGAAAUAGGCAAUUUAAAUUCCUAUUCUUCAGAUUUCCUCUUGUCUGCUUUUUUGCUCAUGCCAAUGUCUAACAAAACAGUUAAGACUGUCCUAUGCUUGAGAAAAUAUGACAUUUUGCAGACUGUUAUGCAUAAUUGGAGUGAUGAAGAUUGUCACGAGUUUGUGAUGUU